AACUCGAUUAAUUUUAUGGUACUGUUGCCUUGGUUACCGCUCUUCCUCCAGACCCUCUCUAGGUCUAGGUUGUGUCUACUGCCCAGAAGGGCUGCCAGAAGCUUGACCCAGCAAAGGUUUUCACCUGGUGACUUUGUUAGGACCGCCAGCAAAAAGCUGCAAAAAAGCAGCAAAAAACCUGAGGGAGCGGGGCCUCCGGAGACAGGUGAAAGUCGACGGCUUCGGUUGGGCAGGUCGCGGAAGGCAGCCGAGCAGCCACUCGGGCGAGCGUCGCGUGAGAAGGUGCUCAGCCAGAGGGGCGCGCCGGCAGAUCGAUCGGCCUUCCCCGGGCUGGGAGGAGCCGGGCGGUCGGAGCGCCUCGGUGGCCGGCGCAGGUGUCCCUCCUCCUCUUCCUCCUCCUCCUUCCCCCCCCCCACUCUGGAAAAUCCGCCGCGGCUGGGAAGGACCCCCAUCCCCGGCCCCCCCAUCCCCGCCGCCGCCUCCGCCGCGUUUCUUCUGGGAAAGGGGCGGAGGCGCCUCCGCGCUGUUAUAUCUGCCCCCUGCGGGCGAGGAAGAGGAGAGGAGGAGGCGGAGGAGCGCGCGCCGGUCCCGGAGGAGCUGCAGCCGUGCCCCGGUGGCGAUCUCGGUGGCGAUCGCUCGCCCGCCUGGCGGAGGAGAGGCGAGAGGCAGCCCGAGCCGCUUUGGCUCUCCGGGAAGGGCGCGGAGCAAGAGAAGGAGGCGGCGGCCGGCCGGAGAGAGACGCGCCGCUUGGCGUUGCCUGAGCAGAACCGCAUCACUUUUUUACAUCACAGAUCUUCUAUUUCCCUUUCCUCGAUGAUCGGCAUGAAGAAAAUGUGGAAUCUGGAAAACAUCCACUUGAUUUGUGCCUGUUUGCUUUGCCUCAUUUUCACGGAGGAAAGUAAAACAGAACCAGGAAAAUAUUCAGAAACCUACUGCAUGUUUCAAGAUAAGAAAUAUCAAGUAGGAGAAAGAUGGAAUCCUUUCCUUGAACCAUAUGGAAUUGUUCGCUGCCUUGAGUGUCUCUGCACAGAGAGGGGGAACGUGCUGUGUAUGAAAGUCAAGUGUGCAACCUUGCGGUGUUCCACCCCAAUAUAUGAACCCUCAAAAUGCUGUCCAAAGUGUCCAGAUCAACCAGUUGCUUCAGACAUCAGAACCACUGGAAAGGCCUGCAAUUACAGUGGGACCAUUUACCAACAUGAGGAGAUGUUUGGCAUAGAAGGAAUCUUCCAAAACAAACAACCCAAUCAGUGUGUGCAGUGCAGUUGUUCUGAAGGAAAUGUAUAUUGUGCCUUGAAGACCUGUCCCAAUUUAACUUGCACUUCUCCAGUGUCCAUGUCUGACUCUUGCUGUCAAGUUUGCAAAGAUGAAGAGUCACUGAGGGUCCUGGAUGGUGACCUCAUUCGUCAGCCGGCCAUUCGGGGAGCUAGACAUUCUCCUCCCUCCCAGCCUGAGUCCUCAACCAGCAGUCCUAGGCUAGCCACCAUCAUUCCACAGUUCCGUAUGGGAAGAGCUAACCUCAGAUCUCUGCCAUAUAUUUCACAAAGAUCCGGUACCUUUGUACAGAUCGUCCUUAACAACCAACAGAAAGUUGGACAAGUAUGCAUUUCAAAUGGAAAAACUUACUCACAAGGAGAAACCUGGCAUCCAUUUCUCCGGUUCUAUGGUACUGUAGAAUGUGUCUUAUGUAUUUGCAACGGCACUAAGCCAGAAUGUAAAACAAUCCAGUGUCCCUAUCGGUAUCCCUGUGAACAACCGAAGAAAAUUGAAGGGAAAUGCUGCAAAGUUUGUCCAGAAGAAAUUGAAAGUCAGCUCCCUGAUGAUCAAGACUAUUUCUGUGGUGAGGAGACAUUUCCAGUUUAUGAAGGCAUUCUUGACACUUUCGAAGGAACCAUCCGAAAAAUUGCUUUGGAAAAAAAUGAAAGUUCAGAAGUGGAGAUCUAUACAUGGACUAAUAAGAGAGGUAUCCUGAGCAACUAUCAUAACACCAUGCCUGUGGAGGAAUUCAGAGAACUGUCAUAUUUCCAGCAGAUCACAAGGACAACUCUAAAUAAGUGGAAAAUAUUCAGCGAGGGAGCAGCUCAGCUCAACGAAAUGUGUGAAAAUCGAGAGUGCAGGACUGAACUGGAAGAACUGCUGAAAGUUUUGUACCUUGAGAAAUCCGAACAGGAUGGUUGUUGAAGGAGGUUCUGAAGAAGGAAACUGAGAGAAAAUAGAUGGAUCCGCAGCAGGACUGCGGGCUUGUUUUAUUUGAUGGUACCCUGGAAAGAAAAUAAAAAAGAGAGAGAGACAGAAGGGAGAGAGACAGAAGAAAGAAGAAAAGUAUUCAUCUCAUGCCCAGCAUAUGUUGCUGUGCUAGGCCUUUUAAUAUCUCGACUUCAGAAAUGGUGGUUCUUUGUUAUUGGAAAAACAGGAAGGAAAGACGUGGAUUCCUGCAAAGGUCAUUGUCUAAAGCCAGGGGUGGUGAGUGAGUGAGCUGAUUUCAUAUUUUGAAGAGAGACAAAGGCCUCAGUGGGGAAGGUGCAGAUAUAAAAUGGGUAGAGCCACAGUUGUGUGAGACCAAGCUCCUCCUAUUUCCCUAUACAUUUUUCCUACUUUAAAACUACAUUAAGUCCCUUACCAGCUUACACAAGACUUUUUUCAGAAAUAAAAUAGCAAGAAACAUAAAAUUGCUAGGGCUGUCUGAGGUAUUUCCAAAUAGGAGAAAAUAAGGGUUUUUUUCUAGAGGUAGGUUUAGCAUUAUGAAACUCUUCUGAGGUACAACUGCUCAGAGGCGUGAUGAGAAUCAAAUCCAGGUCAUCUUGUUUUCAUUUUGAGGCACACAGCUCUCCCACUCCUAUUUUCCCAUUAUUUUUUCCCACUUUCUUCUUUUCAUGAGAAAAACCAUUCAGGAAGGGGGCGGAAUGGUACCUUGGCACAAUGCCUUGGGAUAGAUGGCCCAAAGUGUCCUUGGAAAGAACCAAAGAGAACUUGACUUGGACAGUCAUGGAAUUUCAGGAGAUGAUGUGGGCUGAAUUUGAGAUCAAAUUUGGAUUUGACAGUGGUAGGCUAGGCGUGCUGUCCUUGGCUGAAGCUUCAAACUCUUUUCUGCAACUUGAGUUCCAGGACUGAAAUCCUGUGAAUCCCACAGGCAAAAAUCACAACUGAAUUUGGAUGGGUGGGUAGGAAGGAUGAAAAUUGGGUCUAGAGGGGCAGAUACUUCCUGGUUGCUUAUUUUUGAUAUCAGCUAUGGUUGAUAUCAAAAACAAGGGUGAGGUGGCUCAGGGGUUAGGACAUCGAGCUUGUCGAUUGAAAGGUCGGCAGCUCAGCGGUUCGAAUCCCUAGUGCUGCCGUGUAACGGGGUGAGCUCCCGUUACUUGUCCCAGCUUCUGCCAACCUUUCGAAAGCACGUAAAAAUGCAAGUAGGAAAAUAGGGACCAUCUUUGGUGGGAAGGGAACAGCGUUCCGUGCGCCUUUGCCGUUGAGUCAUGCCGGCCACAUGACCACGGAGACCUCUUCGGACAGCGCUGGCUCUUCGGCUUUGAAACGGAGAUGAGCAUUGCCUCCUAGAGUCUGUCGUGUCCCACUCCUCCGCUGAUGGCCGGGUCAGGGAAAUCCGAAUCAGGCGUGCCUCUGCAGCUCUGCCAAAGUCCUAGCAAAGUCCUCAGGGCAGGCAGGAGACCAGAAAGUGACUUCAGCAAGAUAUGUUUAGACUUUGCCUGACUCAGAGAAUGCCAGAAGGCAGGUCCUUUAUAUAGGCCAUGGGGUGUGGCUCUAUGACUCAGCACUUAUCCAGGCCUGCCCCUCCCUUCCUUCUGUUGCCUCCAUCUAUCAAGUCUUCUGGGUCACUCCAGUCUGCAGCUGUUGGCAAUUGACCUCCCUCAGGCUCACAUGCUGUGGAGGAGGGGGAGGGGUCUAGUUGCUCCGUUUGCCUGGGCAUGGAGCCAGAGCUGGGGGCUGGAGAUACUUCCUCCUCUUCAGCCUGUCUGGGCAUGGAGCCAGGGCUGGGGCCGGGAGGCAUACUAGGACAUUCCUCCGUGUUCGGAAGCAGAUAAGAAGGCACCGGCUGUGGUGAGAUCGGACGAGACACAACAGAGUCGGGAAUGACUAGCACAUAUGUGCGAGGGGAACCUUUACCUUUAUGGUUGCAAGCCCUAGUGAUUGGUUUCACACCCCACAUCUCACAUGAAAGUUAGGCUAUGUUCUGUGCCUUAAAGUGAAGGUACUCAUUCUACUAAGGCUUGCAACCAUAGUUGAUAUCAAGAAUAAGCAACCAGCAGCCUGCAGGAAGUAUCGGCCCCUCUAGACCCAAUUUUCAUCCUUCCUACCCACCCACCCGAAUACAGGUAGUCCUCGACUUACAACAGUUCAUUUAGUGACUGUUCGAAGUUACAGCAGCACUAAAAAAAGACUUAUGACCAUUUUUUGUACUUACAACCUUUACAAAAUCCCCAUAGUCAGGUGAUCAAAAUUCGAACACUUUGCAACUGGCUCAUGUUUAUGACCAUUGCAGUGUCCCCAGGUGAUGUGAUCUGCUUUUGAGAAUUUCUGACGGGCAAAGUCAAUGGGGAAACCCGGUUCCACUUAACAACCGGGUUGCUAAAUUAACAACUGCAGUGAUUCAUUUAACAACUGUGGCAAAAAAGGCAAUAAAAUGGGGCAAAACUCACUUAACUGCUCUCUCAUUUGGGGACAGAAUUUUGGGCUCAAUUGUGGACAUAAGUCAAGGACUACCUAUACUCCAAAAUGAGGAAGACUUCAACAUAGUUCCUUGUUUUUUAAGGAAGAACAAUGGAGCCCUAGGAGGGCCAAGGUGAAAAUAGGUCACCCAUGGCUGCCACAUCUCCAAGGAUCAUUUUAUCAUAUGAUAAAAUAUAAUUAAAAAGAAUAUGCUGCUUGUAGUGGAACAGAACUGCUAAGCAAUGCUUUUCUGCUGCGGAACCUUAAAUUGGGAGCAGCCCAUCCUGGUUAUGUUCCCACAGCAAAACUAAACUAUAGUCUCCAGGCAUGGAAAGUGUUGUGUGAACACAGCCAGUCUGGUUAGUUCUGGGCUCGCAGCUGAGUUGGCACAACCCCCUUGAAAGCAGAGCUCGAACGGAGUGAAGGUGGUUUAGCACGUUGUGAGAAUUCACCCAUUCAGACCUUGGAGGUCUUCUAGUCCAUCCCCCUGCUCAAACAGGAGACCCUAUAUCAUUUCAGACAAGGGAUUGUCCAGUCUUUUCUUAAAAACCUCCAGUGAUGAAGCACUCACAACUUCUGGAGACAAGCUGCUCCACUGGUUAAUUGUUCUCACUGUCAUGAAGGUUGCUUCUCUCCUUGAUUAGUUUCCAUCCAUUGUUUCCUGUCCUGCCUUCAGGUGCUUUGGAGAAUAAGUUGACCCCCUCUUCUUUGUGGCAGCCCCUCAAAUAGUGGAAUACUGCUAUCAUGUCACCCCAGUCUUUCUUUUCUCUAGACUAGCCAAAGCCAAAUCCUGCAAGAGUUCUUCAUAUGUUUUUGGUCUCCAGGCCUUUAAUCAUCUUAGUUGCUUUUCUUUCCAAAUUUUCCCAAAGUCUCAAAAUCUUUUUUUGUAAUGUGGUGACCAAAACUGGAUGCAAGUAUUCAAGAUGUGACCUUACUAAGGCUUUAUAAAGCGGUACUAAUAUUUUGUGUGAUUUUUGAUUCUAUGCCUCUGUUUAUACAACCCAGGAUUUUAUUAGCUUUUUUGGCUGCUGCCAAAAAAGCAGGUUGGGUCAACCUAGUUAUCACACUGAGCCAUGGUUUGGUUUGCUGGUUCAUGCCAUAUGAAAAUGGCAAGGGUUUGGAGUUAAAUGUGUUGUGUGGACUUAGGGGUUUGGGUUGUGUAAACCAGUGUUUCUCAAGCUUGGCAACUUUAAGUGUGUGGACUUCAACUCCCAGAAUUCUCCAGCUAGCAAGCAGAACUUUAUAAUUUAAUGAGCAAGUAGGUCUUGGGAGGUGAUGCAAUGUCUCUCUUUUUGAAACGUAUCACUGGGAAAGGGCACAAGUUAAGAGGUGUACAGUACUUUCGUUGUAUUUUAUUAAUUUUCUGGAAGAAAAAUAAUUUUUUGUAUCUGUGAUGAGAUACCUGGGAUAUAGGCUAUGUAUUUAUUUGUAUAAUAAGUUCUCUCUUUUUUUAAGGACAAGGAAAAAUCAGUGUAGCGUGUUUAUUUAGCAUUAACCAAGACACAUUUUAGCCUGGCUGGGUCUCUCUUCCACCCCUUCCCACUUUUGUGGAGACACAUAUUUAUAACCAUUAUUUAUAUACAUGUUUUAUCUCUUUUAUAAAUUAAUAAACUUGAAUUGUUCCAAAUGGA